AUGAUCAAUCCGAGUUCGAAAUUACUCCAGUUUCCAGAGAAAAAGAAGAACAUUAUUCUUAUUGACUUAGAAUCAAUGGACUCCGCUUUUCUUUCAACGAAAAACGGUGGUUGUAUGGACGAAUCCCUUAUACCAUAUUUAGAGGAACUUGCAUUAGAUAAAAAUAAUAUACAUUUCACCAAUACAAGUUAUCCAAAACUAGGAGGAAUGUCAAUUGUUUCAAGAACAGAAUUUUCAACAGGAAGCACAUUCGGAGUUUUAUGUGGUGCUCCAUUUAUGGGAGAUAAUUAUAAAUGGGGAAGAUCGCAUGGGUAUCUUGAUAAGUUGACAUGUAUGAGUAAUCUAUUACAAGAUGAAGAUUAUAUAUUAUCUGCGACAUUUGGAUCUACAUUUGGAGAUUGGGGAUUUGGAAAUAUAUUUAGAAAACAUAAUUUCGAUAAAAUUAAUACAAGAUAUCAAAUUGAAAGAGAUAUACAUAAUGAAUAUGUUAAAGACUUUGCUACAUAUUCUUACUUUAAGAGAGAAUUAAAUUAUUUGCACAAAUCAAGGAAACCAUUUUUGGCAUUCAUUACUACAUCAGAUACUCAUGAACCUGGUAUUGAAUGCGAUUAUUGUCCAAAAAAUAUCAGUCAACAAUUAUUUAAAACAGUUAGAUGUGCAAAUAACCAAAUUAAAGAAUUCCUUGAAUGGGCAAAACUACAAGAAUGGUAUAAUAAUACUGUUAUUGUUAUAUAUGGAGAUCAUGUUUCAAGAGAUGUAAAUGUAAUUGAUAUUGCGAAAGCAAAAAAUAUGAUGAGAGAAGCUUAUAUUGUUUUCAUUAACUCAGAGGUGAAAGCAAAUAAAACAUAUGAAAGAAAGUUCAUUGCAUAUGACUUGUUCCCUUCUAUAUUAGCUGCUACUGGUGUGAAGAUAAAAGAUAAUAGAUUAGGUCUUGGAGUCAAUAUAUUUUCAAAUGAAUCGACUCUGUUGGAAAAAUACCAAGAUAAGUUUGUAUCUAGUUUUUCUGAUACAACGUAUUGGUAUGAAACAGUAAUUCUCAACAAACCUGCACAAUGUGAUGGAUUCACACCUUGUAUUAGUAUAGAAAACUUUACUCAAAUCUGA